AUGAGCACCAGUUACAAAUGUACCAGGUAUCUAAAGUCCCUACCUUUAGACGCCCGGACUGUGGACUUGCUGUCAAGGAAGGUGACGGAGGGCGCGAUUCUCGGGCUGCCAGAGCUGCUACACAGGUAUCAAGUGUACGAGGACUCUAAAACACUUGAAACAAUAAUUCAUAAAACAUACUUUCAGUGGACUAACGAUCUGCCGUCACACAUUGUGGAGUUUCGCAAGAACUAUGGCGAGUUGAGGGACCAUUGGCCUCGCGAGUUUCAUCGCAGUCUGUUGUCCAUGGAGUCACCAAAGGUGGGUUCGCUGCGACACCUGUGGAACAAUUGUAACCCUAAAGUACUGGAACGCAUGGAGUUCUCAAAACAUCGAUGGGCCAGAGAGCCAGGCUCUGCCACUCUUACAGAUGGCCAACGGAAUGCCCAUUUUCGUGACAUAUUUCUGCACUACAUGUUUUUGAAGCAGUCACCACACCUGUGCAAAAACCGCAAAGCGGUGGCAGCGCCUGUAGUAGAGAUACCUAUGAAGCCCUUGGGCCAUGACAUCGCGGAAACCAGGAUACGCAAUUUGUUAAAGCGCAAGGUUGCGUACGUUUGGAAGGUUUUGGCCGUGGACAACCCGCCGCUGUCGCUGGGGAAUGAAAAGCUCCUCCAGCAGAUAAUCGAGGACCCCUCUCCCUUUACUGGUUGCGUCACGAGUAAGCGGUCCCUGCAGCGCAUGUAUAGGCGUGCUUGCAAGGGAGCUUACGUGGUAAAAGAGCCGUCGAAUUCUAGAGACCUUCAAUUUGAAGUGAGUGCUCUACUGAAAAGACUGUAA